CUGAGCAGAGGUACCAGAGCAGCUCAGACACAAAACGCCAACAUGAGGACACGCACGCUUUUGUCCAUAACUCUGCUGGGCCUGCUGCUGUGGGCCUCCUGCAUCCAGGCCAAUGACACAGACGCCGACACUGACAAACAGGAAGAAACACAAGAAGAGACAUCAGCAGAAGAGACUCCAGGAGACACAGAAGAGGAGGAGGAAACCAAAGAGGCACCAAAGAAAGAGAAAACAACAGAGAUAGAGGAGGAGCAAGAUGUGAUGGUUCUCCACAUCAACAACUUUGCCAGAGCUCUCAGCGAGAAUCAGUAUUUACUGGUUGAAUUCUAUGCUCCCUGGUGUGGCCACUGCAAGCAGCUGGAGCCAGUGUAUGCAGAGGCUGCAGGGAAACUGAAGACGGAGGAACCACUGAUGCGGUUGGCCAAAGUGGAUGCCAUAGACGACAGGGAGCUGGCUGACGAGUUUGACAUCGGAAGCUUUCCCACUCUGAAGCUGUUCAUCGCUGGAGACCGCAAGCAGCCCGUCGACUUCACUGGUAAGAGGUCAGUGGAGGGAAUAAUCCAGUGGAUGAAGCGUCGUGCAGGCCCUGGUGCUCCAGUGCUCGACUCUGCAGACUCUGCAGCUCAGUUCAUUGAUUCCCAUAAGAUCGCUGUUGUCGGAUUCUUUGAUAGUCUGGAAGGUGAGUCGGCCAAGGUGUUCAAGGAGGUUGCUUUGGAUGUGGUGGACACAGAGUUUGCUGUGUCAGCAAGUCCUGAGGUUUUCCAGAAGUAUGAAGUAAAAGCCAACUCAGUGGUGCUCUUCAAAAAGUUUGAUGAUGGCAGAGCAGACUUUGCGCUGUCAGAAGAGGGGAAACUGGACAAACAAAAUCUGACGACAUUCAUCAAGGAAAACAGCCUGGAACUGAUCAUCCCAUUCAGCCAGGAGACUGCAGAUAAGAUCUUCACCUCUAGCAUCCGCCUGCACAGCCUGCUGUUCAUCAACUCCUCUGUGGAGAGUCAGACAGCCCUCCUGGACGAAUCCAGGACUGUUGCCAAACAGUUCAAGGGCAAGAUGCUGUUCAUUGUGAUCGACGUGACACAAGCCAUUUCUCAUGUGCUGAAAUACUUUGGCGUGUCCGAGAGCGAUGCCCCGACUACACGCGUCAUCAACAUGGAGACAGGACAGAAGUUCACCGUCGCUGCCGGGGACCUCACAGCAAAGUCACUGGCACAGCUGUGUCAGGAGGUUGUGGAUGGCGUUGCCAAGCCCUACUAUCGGUCUGAAGAGAUCCCAGAGGACUGGGAUAAAGGACCGGUCAAGGUCCUGGUGGGGAAGAAUUUUGAGUCUGUUGCUUUGGACCCGACCAAGAACGUCUUUGUAGAGUUUUAUGCUCCAUGGUGUGGACACUGUAAGGAACUGACUCCCAUCUGGGAUCAGCUGGGUGAAAAGUAUGCUGACCACGAAGACAUCAUCAUAGCCAAGAUGGACGCCACAGCAAACGAAGUGGAGUCUGUCGCCGUUGAAGGAUUCCCAACACUCAAAUACUUCCCAGCUGGUGACAAAGAGGUGGUCGACUACACUGGAAACAGGGAUCUGGAGACCAUGUCCAAGUUCCUGGAUGGUGGAGGAGUGUUGCCCCAGGCGGCAACUGAUGAGGACGACGAGGAUGAUGAUGAUGAUGACGAUGACGAGGAAGACGACGAGGCUGGUGAAGAUAGCAAGGAGGCUGGUGAGUCUGAAGAGGUACCAACCAACAAAACAAAUAAAGAUGAGCUGUGAUGUCACUUUGUUUUCUGGCCAAUCAGGAUCAACCUAGCGUCUUCCAAUUUUUCUUAAUAAAAUGAAUUUGGGUUACAAACAUAA